CUGCGAAAGCCUCCCCGAAGGCCGCACCCCCUGCGCACGCCCCGCGCCAGGCGGCGGUUCCGUGCGGUCCCGAACGACCGCACGAGGCCUCGGAACCAGGACCACUUCGGCCCACCUAGGACGAUGCACGUGGUGCCGACGUCGUCGCGACGGGAACCUGCCGUAUCCCCGUGGUUCGUGGCGUGCUCUGGAGCUUUCCACAUCGGCACGCCAGCCUUUGCGAACCAGGCAGAUACAACCCCUCAUACAGUGAACGACGACACCACCGAUGGUUGCAGCCCGCCUUGUUCCGGGCAAAAGGUCGAUAUUCCCCCCACCAGCGACUGUGAUGGGUUGCGCAACAUUGGGGCCAGAAGGACAGAUUGUGGUACAAGGUCGAUCCAUGCGGAGAGGGGCGAUGGCCGCAGAAUUUGGUGGACUGGAGCCCUGAAUGUGUCCCACGGACGGGGCGCCCGCACAAGCGCAGGCAAGAUCAGCUGCUCCGCGAGGCGAGCGAACCCGAAGCCUUCCUGUGGGCACGGGGCGCGGGCAUCCAGCCCGCAGCGCCUCCUGCAUCCUGCGCCCUGCAUCUCCGGUGCGGCUGUCACGCCCGCAUCGGGGGAGCCCACACGGCGUGGUGACCACACCGUGCGGUGAGCCCGUGGGGUUCUGGGCUCACCGCACGGUUGUGGGAUUCGGGCCGUUCUUUGAGGAUGUCUCGGGCGACUGGGGCCUCUGGGAGCCCAGGACCGUGCGGUGACGGACCGUGCAGUGAGCCCUCUUGGGAUUCCGAGGUCACCGCGCGGUCUGUCACCACGCGGUUUUGGGACACUCAACGGCAGCCCAGAUUUUAUUUCCAUCUCUUCCCCUUUCAUUUCGUUUUGUCUUUUCAGCAGCAUGUUCUCGUUGCCGCCGCCCCGAGGCUCGCCGGCCGCGCGGCGCUGGGACGGGAGGCGCCCCUUCCGGCCACUGCGACGGCCACGUCGCAGCACAGGCCGUCAGCGUCUCUCGAUGGCCCCCCGUGCGACGACGAGGACCCGGGGUGCAAGGUGUCGGGGAAGAGGCUGCAGCAGUUCCUCCAGGCAGAGGUCACGCACUUCGCGGCCAUGAAGCGCAGCAAGCUGACGCUGGAGGACCUGCUGAGGGCGGCCACUUCCCCGCACAGGUGCGCGAUGAAGGUCCACGAGGAGAUCCCGAAGCACUUCGCUGCGCGCCUGCGGCAGAUCGAGUCUCUGGACGGCUGGCGGGAGGACCCAGACUUGUCCGCCAUGUGGGACAUCUACUUCCAGUCGUUCGAAGAGAUCCGGAUGGCCGACGUCGAGGAGGACCUGGAGCCCUUCACCGCCGUGGUGAGGAAGCUCAAGGAGCGUCAGAGGAAAGCGCUGCCGCUCCUCGGCAAGGCGGUGCACCGCAGAUCUCGCAUGCAGACUGCUUUCAGCGCCAGCACGAACGAGUGGAUGGAGAGAUUCCUGACCUCGCGGAUCGGGACGGAGAUGCUGACGUCACAGUACAUAGCGAUCAUAAACCAGGUGUCGCAGGGGAAGGACCAGCUUACCGGGAUCGUGGACCCGCACGUGAGCCCGGAGCAGGUCUGCAAGGCCGCGGCGGAGGCCGCCAAGCAGCUCUGCUUGUCGCACAUGGGGAUGGCGCCCGACAUCGAGAUCGAUGUCCGCGUGAAGCGCUCGCGUGCUGGGGAGAUUUCGUUCUCCUACAUCUGGAGGUUGGAACAUUGCAUAGACAUUAACUUCCAGAGUUCCGCGCGGAUGUUUUGGAUCGGCGCGGGGCCCCCCUAG